AUGCAGGGGCUCCCACUGUCCACAAUGACCUCUGUGUUGGUGCUGCUGAUCGGGCAGGUGAGUGCUGAUGAAGUGACGAGACGGGACGGCUGCCUGUCGGGACACCCUGGAAUUCCAGGGGACCCCGGCCACAACGGGAUACCAGGACGGGAUGGGCGAGACGGAUGGAAAGGAGACAAGGGAGACUCAGGUGAGCUGGGUGCUUGUGGUCCCCCUGGCAAUGAUGGCUCGAAGGGAGAUAAAGGAGACCCAGGCCUUCCAGGCCUUUCUGGUGUCAAAGGGAGGUGAGGCGAGACGGCCGAGAGGGGAGCCCCUGGAAAGUUGGGCCCCCAGGGGGUUCCUGGGCCUGUGGGCAGUACAGGACAAAAAGGGGAGCUUGGGCUUCCAGGGCCACAGGGGCCUAAGGGAGAAGUGGGCCCCCGGGGGCCACAGGGGCUGCAGGGAGUGGUCGGCCCCCAAGGAGAGAUUGGGUACCCCGGGCCUAUAGGGCCUACUGGCAUAGAAGGGCCGAAGGGUGAGAUAGGGGUCCCGGGUCACAAAGGCAACAUUGGGCACCAAGGCGAGAAAGGGGAUCGAGGAGAGGUAGGAGAGAAGGGAGCUGCCAGAGACAUGCCCACCGUUUAUCGUAGUGCCUUCUCUGCUGGCCUGACCGACCUCUCCAAGUUCCCUCCUGCCAACGCUCCCAUCAAGUUCGACAAGAUCAUCUACAACCGGCAGGGCCACUACGAGCCCUCGACGGGCGUGUUCACAUGCGUGUUCCCGGGGACCUAUUACUUCACCUACCACAUCACCGUGUACACGAGGAGCGUGAAGGUGGCGCUGGUGAAGAGCGGCACACGAGUGCUGCACACGGCCAACAUGUACCAGAGCAGCGAGGACCAGGCCUCGGGGGGCGCCGUGCUGCAGCUCAGGGAUGGGGACACGGUGUGGCUGCAGGUCAUCGGAGGGGAGUUCUCCAAUGGACUAUUCGCCGACGAGGAUGACGACACCACCUUCACAGGCUUCCUGCUGUUUGCAGAUUGA